AUGGGUAUGGAUGUUUCCAGGGCGCUGCGGAGGCUUUUGGAUUCGAAGCUCCGCUUUGCCGCCGCUGCACUAUUCCUGGUGGCGUUCUUGGUCGUUCCUUAUACGAGAGAACAAGCUUUCGCUAUAGUGCCAUUGAGGGAAGAGCCAAGUCCUGAAGCAAAGCCCGUUGACCCGUUUCCGAGCGAUUAUGCAGUGGAGUAUUCUGGAUCUCAAGUGAUCAAUGAUCCAUAUCCAGACUAUGAGGGGGAACAAUGGAAGUCCGCAUCCAAAGCCCCAUACCGGGCGUGUACAGGUCCGCAGGGGAGCCUGCUCAGUCGAAAAGACGAAGAUUUGAUGAUGAGCGGAUACCCCCGGAACACCUCAAACUUUCCAACACCGAUAUUUGGCUCGUACGAGGCCUGGGAUUUGAAUCAGAAUCUGUGCGCAGAUCGGUAUUCGCGGUACGGUGCAUAUGGCUUUCUCCAAGGCAAUGAGUCGAGUCGCAUACAGAAUUGGAAUGCCACUUUUGGAUCUAAUCAAGCUGCUGAGAUAGACUGGGAAGGAGUGAACUGGGCGGAGUUGCAGAGCGAUUGUCUGCAGCGCAACAAGAAAAGAUACCGCACGACAGAGACUCCUGGCAGAAGGCUUGAUGCUCUUCACAAGUCACUAGAUUCAGAUUCGAACGAUUCUCCCAAGCUGGCUAAUGAGACCGGGAUCACUGCGCAAUCUCGAACCGCUGUGAUUCUGCGUUCGUGGCUUGGAAUGGAAUACACCAAGAAUGACCUAUAUCACAUUCGCUCUAUGAUCAUGGAACUCUCUCUCUUUUCUGGCGCAGAGUACGAAGUUGUCCUGCUGAUCGACUGCCAGGAUGAAGAAUUGCCCGCAGAGAAUGAUUCCGCAGCCUGGAAAGUAUUCCGACAGGGGCAUCUCCCCCAAGAGCUAUGGGGCCUGGCGACAUUCUUCAACACAAAGAUGCUGAGUGACUGGUACCCAGACAUCGACGUGCAUGUGGCAAUAUUGCAAUAUUUCCAACCCACGCAGAUCUUCUCCCGUCUACAUCCCCAGUACGAUUAUGUAUGGCAGUUCGAAAUGGAUUCGAGAUACACCGGCCACAUGUACGACCUGGUGCACCGGGCAACCGAAUUCGCGAAAAGACAGCCACGCAAGUAUCUAUGGGAGCGGAAUUCCCAUUUCUACAUCCCCGCCGUCCAUGGCACCUGGGAAGAAUUUACCAAAAAGGUGGACCGAGAGAUGCCCGGACAUGACAGCGUUUGGGGCCCAGUUCCAGCAGAAGGGAUCAGUAUUGAGGGACAUGCCUCAAUGCCUCCCGUUGCCCACCCAGACGACGAACCUGGUACUUGGGGCAUAGGCGAAGAAGCCGAUCUCAUAACAUGGCUUCCGCAUUUCAACCCGGUUGACACGGAAUGGCCAUUCCGGGAUCGUGUCUUCAAUUUCCCCCAAGAUCAGGAAACUCCUCGCUGGGCAGCUGUUGUUGCUAUGUCGCGUAUCUCGUCUAAAUUGCUGGGGCUGUUGCAUAAAGACAAGGUGCAGUCGGGAGUCGGACUUGCAUCGGAGAUGUCGCCCAUCUCUUGGGCUUUGUACUAUGGUCUCAAGGCAGUCCAGGUGCCGCAUCCGAUCUACCAUGACCUCCAUUGGGACCCUGCAGAGCUCAAUCGCCGUGCUAAUCCUGGUCAGCCUGGCAAAGUGAAUGCUGGAAAAGACAGCAUUUGGAGCUGGGGCCAGCACGACGACAUCAUUCUCAACUCGACGUUCAUGUUCAACUCGAAGUUUGCAGAGAAGCUCUAUCGAGCAUGGCUGGGUUAUGAUGGCGCAGAAAAGUGGGAAACAGAACAUGCUCGAUUGUGUCUUCCUCCAAUCUUUCUUCAUCCUGUUAAAAACCUGGAGCCAGUCAAAACCAAGGAUUUUUGA